AGCGGCGGCCCCGGCCCCGCAGCGCCCUCCGGGGCCCGGCUGAGGCCUUCACCGGGGGCCGCCUCCCGGUGCCGGGGGAGCCGCCCCGAGGCCGGCCGGGGCCGCGAUGGAGCUGGCGGUGCUGCUGGCGCUGUACCUGGGCCUGCUGCUGCUGGCAGCCGCGGCCCUGCUCGGCGGCUGCCCGCGGAGCGCGGCCGGGGCCUUGGGCGGCGCGGCGCGGGUAUUGUCAUUGGUAAUCCCCACACGGCUCCAGAGAGCGACACAGAAGGUGCUUCACAGGCUCUUCCACACACGAAGCCAUUUGUUCACUGUCCUGCACGUAGCCUUGGAGGUGGCAGUCUAUGCUGAAUACACGUGGGAAGUGUUUCCUUAUUGCUGGGAGCUGGAGUUCCACCUCCUCCUCCUGCUCCUGCCCUACCUGCUGCUGGCUGGGAACAUCGGCUGCUUCGUUCUCUGCUCCCGCGCCGAUCCCGGUAUAAUAACAAAAUCAAAUCAUGCAUCACUGAUGAAGAUUUAUGCGUAUGAUGGUGCGUUAUUUCAGAAAGGCAGUCCGUGCCCUACGUGCGACAUGGAGAAGCCAGCCAGAUCCAAACACUGCCGUUUUUGCAAUGUCUGUGUACACCGUUUCGAUCACCACUGUGUGUGGGUCAACAACUGCAUUGGUGCCUUCAACGCAAGGUAUUUCUUCUUCUACCUCUUCACGCUGACUGUUACGGCCGCAACCAUUGCGAUCAUCACAGCAGCGUUUCUCAUCCAAGUGGUGCUGCUGACAAAUAUGCUGCAUGGGAGUUACAUUGAUGACCAAGGCCAAGAGCAGGCUGUUGAGAUUCGCUUUCUCAUUCAGCACCUUUUCUUGACUUUUCCUAGGAUUGUCUUCAUGCUUGGGUUUGUUAUUCUUCUCACACUUCUGCUGGGUGCAUACUGCUGUUUCAAUCUCUAUUUGGCCUUAACCAACCAAACUUCCAACGAGUGGCAUAAAUCCCGAAGAUCUGGGUGUUCCCACCAUCCAACACUGCAACCUUGUGACAGACAAGUUGUUUACAAAAAUAUUUAUUCUAAAGGAGUCUGGAUGAAUUUAAAGGAAAUCUUUAAGCCUCCCACAGUGCUGGAAAAAGAGAAGAAAACAUGAAACCACUACCCCUUUGAUUAGUUUUUUUUUAUUUUUUUAAUUUUUUUACUUUUUCUAAGACUUUGAUUCAGCAGCGUGUUUUGAUACCGCGAGCAACUUUUGUUAAAAAAAAAAAAAAGUUAUUGUAUUUCAGUUAAUUAGAAACUUUAUUUCCAUAAAGGUGAUUCUUCAGAAAACAGUGUUUGCAAGUUUGUCUGUAACACUGCUCAUACCAGCUGUUAAAGCGAUGUGUAAGUCUUUUCAGACACAAGCACAGCCCAGAAGCAGCUGUACUAGAGGUCGGUUCGGCUGGGGUGUGCACACACACAUGCAAGGGUCUUAAAAAAAAAAAGUUACUGGUUGUGUGCUGCAUAACAUAUGCCACUGCACAACAGGCAAACUGAGUUCCUAAAUUACUUUGGUACAUCUUAAUCAUGUCUUCCUGCAGGAGACUUUACAGCAAUGUAGCGAGGACGUACAUGCGGAACAUCAUAUAAAGAGACAUCCGUUGUUGAUUAUUCCUGUAGGAAGGCAGGAUGGUGCAGUGGGCUGUGAGAUGCUGCUUAAUAGUGCCUCUGCAGAGCACUACUUAAGAUACUUGACUUAGUGCGAUGUUAUUAGAGGGACCAGUAAUGAACUUGCUGGCAUGAAGAAGCAAGCUUGGUCCAACAGACUGCAGUGAAUGCCUUUACUUGGCAUAUGAUUAACCCGUUACUAUUAACAACAUGUAGAAUUAAGGAGAGACCUGAUCCUGCCGUAGGUAUUUCUUUGUGGUUCAGGCAUUUUGCUACAGGGGAAGUAAAAAGCUGUCAAAGCUGUUUCUAAGGCUGCUCACCUGCAUUCACAGAACAGGCACCUCUAAAAGCAGA